AUGGCUUAUAAAUAUCACUGGUUAGCUGCGCUCAUCCUUGUGCAUGUCUUAUUGCAGUACGGUGUCGCCUCAGUUGUGCCCGCCACUGCGGCAACACCAACGGCUCUGCGCCAGGAUAAUAUUAUAGGUUGGAUUACAGGAAUUUUCCGUCCAAACACAACCGCCUCACCGUCAACCGCUGCCACGCCAGCCACACCGAUGCGCAAUUGUCCGUCCUGCAAUUGCGGCAGCAUCAACACCUUUCAUCGCAUUGUCGGCGGCAUGGACACCGAGGUGAAUGAGUAUCCUUGGAUGGCAAUGCUGAUGCGUCGUGGCGACUUCUAUUGCGGUGGCGCACUGAUCAACGAUCAGUACGUGCUAACGGCAGCGCAUUGUGUGCGUGGCUUCAAUAAGCGUCAGAUCUCCGUGCGUCUACUAUCGCACAAUCGCACGGACGGCCGUGUGAGUACGAUCGAUCGCCAGCUCGAUAAGAUUAUGGUGCACGACGGUUACAGUACGCGCAAUUUAGAUAAUGAUAUUGCACUAUUACGUUUCACCGAACCUGUAGAGCUGCGUAAUCCUUUGCGACCCGUAUGCCUUGCGGAGGCAGGUAAUACCUACGAUGGUGAGCUGGCUGUAGUCACCGGUUGGGGUGCCGUCAAGGAGGGUGGUUUCAUAGCUGAUCGCCUGCAGGAGGUGCAAGUACCCGUUAUGUCACAGGAGACCUGUCGCAAGAGUAAAUAUGGCUCUGACCGCAUUACUGAUAAUAUGCUCUGCGCUGGUUAUCCUGAAGGCGGUAAGGAUUCGUGCCAGGGUGAUAGCGGUGGUCCCCUACAUAUACCCAAUAAUGCGACGAAGACCUAUCAGUUGGCUGGUGUUGUGUCUUGGGGCGAGGGUUGUGCACGGCCCAAUGCACCUGGUGUUUAUACGCGUGUUACGCAGUAUUUGGAUUGGAUUGAUGCGCGUACUGGUGAUUCAUGCAAAUGUGUGGCGGGUAGUGAGGCAGCUGAGAGUGAAAGUAGCAGCACAACACAAGCUGAAGAAAUAGAAAAUAGUGAGUCAAGUACACAGAGUGUUGCAGAUACCACGACAACUACAGCAGCAAGUGAGAGCAGUAACAAUUCCGAAGCCUCAGCUUUGUAA